AUGGAUCUGUUGCGUGAAGACUUGGGUUUGGAAGAUGGUAAUGGCCUUGCUCUCUCUUCAGAUCAGCAAAAGGGACUGAUUUAUGCAAUCAAAAAAGUGUUGCCCGAUGCAGAGCAUAGGAUGUGUGCGAGACACAUAUUUGCCAAUUUGCAGAAAAGAUACAAGCAAAUGGGACCUUUGCGUAAAGCUUUUGGGAAGUGUGCACGCGCAUACAAUGAACAAGUGUUUAAAAAACAGCUUGAGGCUUAUGAGGAACUGAAGAAGACUGGCAUUUUUAGUGACAUAACAAAGUCUGCUUCUGUUGAAAACAACAUCAGUGAAAGCUACAAUGCUGUCUUAAAAAAAGCUCAUGAGAAACCGAUUGUUGGCUUGCUUGAAGACAUAAGACGACAUAUAAUGGCAAGUAACUUGGCCAAGAUUAAAGAGAUGGAGAAUGUAACAACCAGUGUCACACCCAAGGCGUUGGCCACAAUAAAGAAGCGGAAAAAGAAUUUGAAGUGGUGUCAGCCAAUGUCAAAUGGAAGAGGAAUUUACGAAGUGGAUCAUGGGAAAAACAAGUAUGUGGUCCAUGUUCGAGAUAAGACUAGUUGCUCUUGCAGGGAGUACGAUGUGAGUGGUAUUCCGUGUUGUCACAUUAUGUGUGCAUUGUUUCCUGAGUGUAAGGAGACAAAGCUUCCAGAAUCAGUGUUUUUAGAUUGGUUUUCGUUAUGGAAAUGGAAGCUUUGUUACAGCUCGCUUAUGUUUCCUGUGAACGGUAUAGAGCUAUGGGAAACACACAGUGACGUUGUAGUCAUGCCUCCACCGGACAGGAUCAUGCCAGGAAGACCUAAGAACAAUGACCGUGUCAGAGACCCAUCCGAGGCAGCUUCUCAGCCUUCUCAGCCUUCUCAAAAUUCUCAAAAAGCUAUAGUGACAUGUAGCAACUGCUUACAAACGGGUCACAACAUACGUACAUGCCCACAAGAGCUCGUGCCUAAACCGCCAAAGCCGGUUCCACUCUUUCCUUCCUUUCAUGCGAAAAGUGUCUUGACAUGUAGCAACUGUCUACAAACCGGACACAACAAGCGCAAAUGUAAACUCGAGCCGGUGCCCAAGCCUUCCUCCAAUCAACCUCGUGGAAGACCAUGGAAGAAAUAA